AUGGAUCGAUCAGCUUCUCCCCACAUGUCCGAACAUUCUUCCUACUCCGCCCACAGCCUAUCUCGUGCCUACCCUUCGCCGACGGCGAUGCAAGCCCCUAUGCAGAUUCAGAACCCUAUGCACAGUGCGAUGCAAAUGGGCGGCUUCGCCGACAUGUCUGGCAUGGGUAGUGUGCCCAGCAUGGCUAUGCACCAUAUCCCACAACAGCCACCGCAGCAGCAGACCCCAACGGCUCCCGUUAAAGCAUAUCCCUGCAGCACUUGUGGCAAAGGCUUCGCAAGAAGAAGCGACCUUGCCCGUCAUGAGCGUAUCCACACAGGUGUUAGACCUCAUGUCUGUGACUAUCCCAAGUGUAACAAGCAAUUCAUCCAAAGAUCUGCCUUGACCGUUCACCAACGGGUGCAUACCGGCGAGAAACCCCAUCACUGUGAGACUUGCGCCAAGCCGUUUAGCGAUAGCAGUUCUCUGGCUCGGCAUCGAAGAACACAUUCGGGAAAGCGUCCUUACAAGUGCCCCUAUGCUGAUUGCCAAAAGACAUUUACGAGGCGCACUACCCUUACACGGCACCAGAACCACCACACAGGCACCAUCGAAGAGGCUGCGGCUGCUACUGCGGCGGCGCUCGCAGCCUCAAGGGCCAAGAACGGAAGCCAAGCUCGCUCCGAGGGUGACCACAUGUCUAAUCAUGGCUCUCCUCUGACGACGCCGUCACCUAGCCAGCAUACCAUGAUGUCUCCCGCCCUGGACCUUUCGGGAUCCAACGGCCUCAACCGACACCCUGCCGACUUCCAGUACAUGACACAGGGUGGCACGCUGCCUCCUCAUCUCCGCGUGGGCAGUCCUACGUCGACGACGUCGGCCGCCAGCUACAACAACGGAAUUCGGCCAACCUCGCACCCUACCGGCUACGGUCCUCCUCCUACUCUGGAGCCCAACUUGGAGCAACACCCGGCGGGAUCUGGAAGCGCAGGUGGCAGUCCUCACAUGAGCCAGGUUGGCUGGCAAUCUCCUCAAACCCAUUCGCCAGCUCACAACGCUGGUAGUUACGUCUACCCCGACCCCGAUGGUUACCCUCCCAAUCCUUCCAUGAGCCAGAUGUACUACGGCGCACCACAGCAGAUGCGACGGCCGCAAAGCACAGAGCCUGGU